AUUUGUGGAAUUGUUUAUCUUUGGUGGGUUGAAAUUUUCAUUGCAAUAAUACUGACGGGGAGAGAUUCUCACAACUUUGGGUCAUCUUUCACUUACGCUUCCUGUCUUGAUAAAAAGUGAAUCGACAUUUGCCAUUGAAUUGGUCCCUUUUCAAGGGAAGCCACGUUUGUCAGCGCGGCACCUCUCACCGGUUACACAAACGCGGCCGACAUAUCUGACGUCGGACGAAUGAGUCACCCUCCUGCUUUCAGACCGUAAACGUUGUGCUUGGCUGCGCAAGAUUCAACAGACUGAUUCUUUAUCUUAUUAAUAGUUUAUUAGCAUUAAAGGCUUUGCCGGCUCUCGGUCGAAACCUAAGCCGUGAGGUGCCGGGUGAGAGAUGUUUCUCCGUCCUGUGUUUUUUGCUCAUUACAACGGGCCCAUGUAAUCCACGCACAUGUCACUAUGCCGCGUAUGUGCGUGGUGGGUGACCUGUCUGAAAGUAAAUGCUUUUUCCUGAGAAGAUGCGUGGCAAUGACCAAUUGCGGCUGCUUGCCAAGGUGGCAAUGACGCGAAGCAGCAGCAGCAUUAAUGGGUGUCUCCUACCUCCUUAUGGCAUUGCCGCGCACGUGUAAUCCUAUCCACGCACAUCACAGAUUUGAUUUAAAAAUACAGAAGCACGUGCUGAAAACCUGCGCCGGUUGUUACAUUGGGGCCUUGUGAAAAACUCAUUCGGGCUGCUCCAUGUUCAUGCCACAAUGUGAAGGGACGGAAUUAUCAUCACGUUGCAAUGCUAAGACUGAAUUCCUUCAAUUCCUCCAUUUGGAGUUUGUUAGCCCGAUAUUUUCAAUCCAACAAGCAGACUGGUACCCUUGCUUCUGCUCUUUUUUUCCUUCUGUUACGACACUAUUCCGGUGGUCUGGCUCCCUCAUGGCACCACGCUGUCUCUCACAGACAUGUUCCAGUACCUGCUCUCCUUCUCACAAGGACACCUGAGUUCUCUGCUGGAAGGGACCUACGCCCCGCUUUCUCGUCAAGCUUUGCCCCACGUGAACAAACUCUUCUCCUCACUCUCCCUUUAUCUCCGCGGGGCCAACGUGUCAGUGGAGACGACAGUCAACCAUUUUUUUAAUGACAUCUUCCCCCUCGUCUAUACGCGACUCAUCAACCCGGGCACGGUAGGCAGCGUGACCGGGGAGACGGAAAUGACGGACUGCCUCCGUAUGAUCAGGCAAGACGUCAACCCGUUUGGCCCGCAUCCGGCCGUCAUGGUGGAGGCGCUAUCCCGGGCCAUAAGCGUGGGCCGGCAAUUGGGCCUGUUCCUGGACAAAGGGCUGGAGGUGCUGAACGCCACUGAACACCUGGCCUUGACGAAAGACUGUGUGAAGGCUCUGGUGAAGAUGGUUUACUGCUCCCAUUGCAGAGGCUUGACGCUCAUCAAACCCUGCGUGGGCUACUGUCUCAAUGUCAUGCGCGGCUGCUUGGCCGGUCUGUCCGAGCUGGAUCGGCCUUGGAGGAGGUAUAGCGACUUGUUGGAACAGCUGACCCACGCCAUGGUGGGCCACCACAGCCUGGAACUGGCGUUGCUGGGAGUACGGGACCAAGUGAACGAGGCCUUGCUCUACGCGCAGUUUCACGGUCCGCUCGUCGCAGCCACGGUAGACAAGGUGUGUGGCCUGACGACCCGGGCGCCUACCGGCAUGCGGCCUACCGGAGCGGAGGUCACGACCCCCGGCGGGAGCUCGUCGACUCCGCUUCCUUCUGCUGCCCCUUUCAAACCUCUGCCAGAGCAGUGGCUUGGGCAGCUCGCCAAUUUGAGAAGCUCGCCCCCACUGAAACCCUCCAAGAACAAUAAACAUAGUCUGAGAACACUCUCUAGGGACUUCCUGAUGUACCUGCAGCGCUACAAGUCCUUCUACUCAGCGCUCCCGGAGAUGCUGUGUGAAGGAGAGAACGUGGUGGACGAUGCCACAUGCUGGAGUGGAGAUGAGGUGGCGGAGAGUUACACAGGCAGAGUGGUAGGAAAUGGCCUCCAGGCGCAAAGACAAAAUCCAGAGGUCAAAGUUCGCAGCCCCAACCCCUCGCUCGUCGAAAUGAAGGAGAGGCUUGAAAGCUUCAACCGGGAGACCCAAGAGAGAUUCCCAAAUCUGGGCCAGAUGGAGGCCUGGGAGGAGCUGGGCAGCGGCGAGACGGAGGGCAGCAGCGCCGAUUGUGAUGACGAAGACGGAUGUCAAGCCUCGGGAGACGGUCAAGACCCAACCUUACGCCCAAAAGGCUCCGGUGAAGUUGGAUCCAACGGGCCUGGGUUGGACGCUUCAAAGCAGAACCCAGCCAAGCCCCCUCCGGUACGGGUGAUCGGAGGCUCCCCGUCAAUCUGCUGGCCGGGACCUUGCAGCCUCGCGCUGCUCCUUGCUGCACUUUGCUCACAGUGGACCCUAUUCUGAUGUCUCUGGGACUCCGCUACAAGAAAGUGCAUAGUGACUUUAACGUCCAACACACACCCACACCCACACCCAGCAUUUUUCGACUGCUCCAUCUUGUUGGAUGACAAGAAGUGAAACUAUAGACGGCAGAUUGCCCGUCCCGUUGUGGCGCUCGCCACGUGUUUGCUAAAAGCGAUCUCCUGCACAAAUUCCCCAGCGCGCCCUCUGGAUUCAUGAAACGGUGGAGAUGGACACAGCUCGGCCGGCACCGUUCACUCUUAAAGACACGCCCUUGGCGGCAUUUCUAGUGAGGACUAUGUAUGUAGGAGGGAGGCCUUAGACAAUUGACAUACACGUACUUUUCUUUGUACCUUUCUUUCCUUUUGCCACGGCAAAGCACUGCAGCGUCUUCCGCCCCCACCGAAAAACUCCUUUGAAAACGUUUCUCCUGUGUGAGGAUUAUGGAAUGCAUGCUAGAUUGAUAAAUCCGUUCCAGGCGUCUGACGAGCCAGAACAGCAAAUUUGAUAUCCUCUAAUGACUGUGUAUCUUGGCUCGGAUUAGAAUGUAACGAGUGUGCAGGUGAGCGCCCUCGCGCACGUGCAACGAGGUGUUUAUAGUAAGUGACUGUAUAUAUACGUACGUAGGCAGGCGGAGUGUUCAGCCUAAAGCUCUUAGUGCCUGAUGGAGCUUUAUGAGCUGAUUUUGCUCAUCUGCUCUGAAUAUACAGGGAUGUGAUAGGAAGGAAGGAAGGAAGGAAAACGAUGUGAUUUGAUUUUAGGAAUGUUUAGCGUGCAUCCUCUUUUGCGUGUUGGCUUGUGGAAAUAAUGCAUGUUGUCAAAAAAUGUUCAUCCAAGCAGGAUCAGUGUCAAAAGAAUCACUCUUGGAAUGAUUUGCCCUCAAUCCUUAAAGACCCUGUAAGAAUUCCAAAAUGGAUUGCCUUUGUAGUAUUCAACUGCGGUUAACCGCAGCCCGCCCGAAAACAAUCGGACAUGACUUCCACCUUACGCUAGUGGCUGUCGUUUGCAAUUGCUUAUUUAUUCUUCACACUUCUCCAAUGCAGCACUUUUCAUCCACGCUGGCGUUGUAGUUCAACAGCCAGUCGUUUUUCUUGUUAUUUUGUCGGGACAGAUGUGAGCGUGCGCACGAUUGGUCAAUUUCGACGACACCGGAUUCGUAUCUUUCUAUUAACCCUACAGUUUGAAAAGGCCGAUAUCGGAUACACAUCUGAUUUUUUUAAAAAUGAUGAUUUGAUUUUGUUCCAUUCUCUUCCAUUCCUUUUUUUUUCUUCGCGCUGCCAUGACGCAAAUCAAAACUGUGCGUUUGACAUAAAAAACAACAACAACAACAAGUUUGUGAAGCAUAAUAGUGUUGAAAACCAUUUUCAAAUGUUUGGUGCUUCUCUUGCCAGAUUCAGCACAAUGGUAGGCAUUGUGCAAGCCCUUCUUAAUGACUUCAUUGUGUGUCCUGUUCGAAUGCUGAAAAUGUUUUUCUUUCAAGCAGUCACGAUAACAGAAAUGCCCCCAACCCACCCUAAUGCCGAACGUUCCUCACAAAUCCAAUAGAUAGCAAGUAAAUCCGUAUUUGUCUCGGCGCAGAAGAAGCUGAACACGCAAGCCGCUCGCUCGCUCUCCUUGUACAAUGUCUCCGAUCCAGCUCGUGAAACGCGUGAUGUCCAUGAAUGUAUACUCAGCGUGAUGUCAAUGAAUGUAUUUUCAGCGUGACCACCCUGAUACAGCACUAAGGCUAGCCAGGCUUCAAAGAUGCACAUUUUAGCUCCGUUAGGUCCGGACGGCUUGGUCUCCAGUCCAGUCCAGUUCCGUUCUCUGUUAACGCGGGCUAGAAGGAUAGAUUGUCUUUGCUGUCCAGUCUGUAAGAUGUGGUUAAUGAGGCAUGGGUGUUCCGUUUUCUUCUGUGCUAAAUUCUUUCCCCAUCUCCCUCACACGGGUCACUGUCCGCCAUACUAUAUUGUCGCAUGUGUAUAAAUGUACGUCACUGAA